AUGAAUCAAUAUGUUUAUUUUAAUGAUUUGAAGGAAAUGUAACAGUAUGCCAGAUAAAAUCAUAUCUCAUUAUAUGCAUACAAGAAAACUGUAUAUAAUUUGACAGAUUAUGCUGAGAAUCAUCCUGGUAGUGAAGUUUACAUGUUUAAUUAUGAAAAUCAGGAUGUCACUAAUGCUCAAUUCAAUAAGAUGAUACUUUAAACCCACAAAGAAAUCAUCUUAACAUUAUAAGAAUAUAUAAUUGGAUAUAUAUAGAAACAUGAGAAAUAAAUUAUGUAAUUCAAAUCCUCUAAAUCCAUUAUCGAAUAGACAAAAAAAAGAUUAAGAGAAAGCACUGUACCAUUUUAUGAAAAUAUUCCUAAGGAUUGUUCUAUUACUAAAUUGCCUAUAUUUACUACUCAUAAAUAAUUUCACUCUCAAAAGUCAAUUAACAUAUCUAAAUGA